CGGUCGGGUCGCUGGGCCCCGGCCCCGGCCCCAGGCCACGACCGCAACUCCCAUUAUCUGUAAUGAGUCUAAUGACCCGUGUUUUGGAAGCCCUAGAGUCUUCAAAUAAAUUUGAACUUGAUUUCGAACCAGUUGCAGGCGCCAAUGGGGGAUUCGUCUAGAAAGAUCGACGUCCAGAAGCUGAUCUCGUUCAGCGAGGACCUCGUCGAGUUCCUUAGGAACAAAAAUGAUUUGAACAAUCUGACACAGUGCAUCGAACACUCCGAGGCUCUACAAUCCUUCUGCAUUUCCGAUAUCAACGAGGUUCAGAGUUCAAUUCAAGAAUGCGAGAACAAGAUCAACGCGUGCAAGCAGAAGAAGGACGAGGCAAGAUCUGAAGCUGCUUCGGAUGCGGAGAUCAACGGCCUCCAAGAAGAGUUGGAGGAGGAGCUUCGAAGGGAGCGUUCGCUUAGAGAAGAGCUCAGAGCAGUGGUUGACGAGAUUAGUGAUCUAGAGCGUCAGAGGGUUUCUAUCGAGGAGAGAAAGCAGAAUCAGAGUAGACUCGGGCAGGACAAGGUGCGGGAACAUAGGAAGCUUUCGAUGUACGCUUCCGUCACGAAGGUGAUUCCGAGCGUGGACGAUGCGUUCAAAAUCUCUGGCCGUAUUGUUGAAAGGGAUAGGAAAACGGUUGAGAUGUUUGAGUUUGAUCCGACAAAGGUUUCUGCGCUUGAGUUGUGCAAUAGGAUUUGGAAGAUGAUCGAUCAGUGAGCAUUUGUGUAAUUUUGCUUCAGAUGGCAUAUGUAAUUCAGUGACAUUAGUCUGUGAUCUUGUUUAUACGAUCUACUGAUCUUUUUUUU